AGCGAUUAUUCCUAUACAACCAAUUAUUUUAUUUAUUCAAAUGCUUACAGUUCAAAGAUAAAUAUCCUCUAUUAUGACGGAUUAUCAUAGAAUACGACAAUAUGACAACUGAACAAUACUUGUCGCCUAUGACAUCAUAGGUGGAAAACUAUUGAUGAAAAUGUGGCAAAUACUAAUAAUUAACCACCACUCUUUGUGAAUCAUUUGACUGCAACAUGUUGGGGAAACUUGGUUCGAGGACUGACAACUCAAUACUUAUGCUGUUGGGAGUUUUAUUAAUAAUUUCCAAUUUUCAAGUUGACGCAAGCGUUGAAGAUCAUGAUGGCUUCAAAACAGCAAUCUUUUCCUCAGACCCAACCCACCUACCAGACUCUCUUCAGCACAACGAGCUCUACGACAAACUAUACAGGACAAUCAUCUACUCCCGUCUGCUAGUCUCGGAAGAAAUCCUCACCAAACUCCUCGACACACUAUUGAAUCAACCAAAAAUCCUUGAUUUCCUAAAAUCUGACGAUUUGCAGAAAGAUUUCAAACUGCGCGCAGAUUUGAGCUUUAUUCUAGUUGUAGAAGCAGUGUUGUACUAUCAUUUUCUCGAGUACCCCAACCAUCUUCAAAUCUUCCAAACCGCCAUUCAACAAUGGAAAGACGAAUGUUUCCAACCUCCCGAAACUUUUACAAACCUAACCCCUUCACAAAUUAAAGAACAAAUAACCAAUUUAAAAUCAACUUCAAGAUUCACGGCCGUCGACGAAGUAAUUCAGAAGGCACGAAGUCAUAAGCAGAUAGCAAUUGUUUAUGAUUUGCUUAGCUCAGCUAUAUGGUUGGAAAUCACGAAAUUUCUGGUGAUCACUUCAGAACCGGCCGAUAGGAGAGUUUUGUUGCUGAAAGUAUCUAAAUAUCUUGAGAAUUUUGGAAGGAAAGUCGUUUUUAGAACGGUCUCUUUAAACGAAGAUGAAACAACUCAUUUGAGUUUAUUUCUGCAAAUUGUGUAGCUCUGGAGGGGGAAUACACCGGAAGUAUCCAAAUAUAUUUAGAAUUUAGAUUUUAUUGAUUUUUGAAUCUAUAGGUCUAAUAAUUAUUAAUUUUUUUCUUUAUUGUCAAUACUAUAGCUAUCUAGUCUGGAGACUAAUGAGCUAAUUUUUUCUACCCUAGCAUACUACUUGAAAAUGUUAACAGCGAAUAUCUCAUUAGAUAUUCUUACUGAUAUUGAUUGUUUAAUUAAUAUGUACA